AUGGCUGAAGCAAAACAAGCUAUCAACACCGACUUGGUCACUCUGACCAGAUUUAUCCUCGAGGAGCAGGAGAGAUACGCCCCAAAUGCCACUGGAGAGUUAACAUUGCUACUUAACUCUCUCCAGUACGCCUUCAAGUUUAUCGCCCACACUAUUCGUAGAGCUGAGCUGGUCAACUUAAUUGGACUGGCAGGUAUCACCAAUGCUACCGGUGACGACCAGAAGAAGCUUGAUGUCAUUGGUGAUGACAUCUUCAUCAACGCCAUGAAGGGCUCCGGUAACGUCAAGGUGCUGGUCAGCGAGGAACAGGAGGACCUGAUCAUCUUUGAAGGCUCGGAGGGCAACUACGCUGUUUGCUGUGACCCAAUUGACGGUUCAUCGAACUUGGAUGCCGGUGUUUCUGUUGGAACCAUCUUUGGUGUUUAUAAGAUCCAACCUGGCUCGACCGGAAGUAUCAAGGACGUGUUGCGUUCAGGAACCGAGAUGGUGGCUGCUGGUUACACCAUGUACGGAGCUAGUGCACACUUGAUGCUCACCACAGGUAACGGAGUCAACGGGUUCACCUUAGACACCCACUUGGGAGAAUUCAUACUGACCAAACCAAACCUCAAGAUCCCUGAUCAAAAGGCCAUUUACUCGAUCAACGAAGGAAACUCAUACUACUGGGCUAAAGAGAUCCAGGAUUUCGUUGCGUCUUUGAAGCUUCCUCAGGAGGACAACAAGGGCAAGCCAUACUCGGCCAGAUACAUUGGAUCGAUGGUGGCAGAUGUCCACAGAACGUUGCUGUACGGAGGAUUGUUUGCAUAUCCAUCCGACACCAAGUCCAAGACUGGAAAAUUGAGAAUUUUAUACGAGUGCUUCCCAAUGGCUCUGCUAUUGGAGCAAGCCGGAGGACAGGCCGUUAACGACAAGGGCGAACGGAUUCUGGAUCUGAUUCCUAAGAAGAUCCACGAUAGAAGCGGGAUCUGGCUCGGAAUCCGUGUUUUGGAUCUUGUGAAACCUUUCACGCCGAUUUUGCCAGAGGUUUUGGCCCCUGAGAGAAAAGUCCCAUUCAACCAACGAUUGAUGUGGACCGGUGUCACGUUGCUUAUAUUUCUCGUUAUGAGCGAGAUCCCAUUGUAUGGUAUCACUGCAUCCGACACUUCAGACCCGCUGUACUGGCUCAGAAUGAUGUUGGCUUCGAACAGAGGUACUUUGAUGGAAUUGGGUAUUUCGCCCAUCGUCACUUCGGGAAUGGUGUUCCAGCUUUUGCAAGGAACCCAGCUCCUAACAAUCAACAUGGAAAACAAAAAGGACCGCGAUUUGCUCCAGAUCGCCCAAAAGAUCUUUGCUAUCUUGCUUUCUGUCGGUCAGGCUACCGUGUACGUUCUGACAGGCAUGUACGGACGUCCAGGUGAUCUCGGCACGGGUGUUUGUCUGUUGCUGAUUUUGCAAUUGGUCUUUGCAGCCAUCGUGGUCAUCCUGCUGGACGAGCUGCUCCAGAAAGGUUACGGACUUGGUUCGGGUAUUUCUUUGUUCAUGGCCACCAACAUUUGCGAACAAAUUUUCUGGAGAUGUUUUGCCCCAACAACCAUCAACAGAGGACGUGGAACAGAGUUUGAAGGUGCUGUGAUUGCAUUUGUCCACUUGUUGUUCACCAAGAAGUCCAAGAGAAUUGCCUUGAUCGAGGCCUUCUACAGAGACAACGCUCCAAACAUGUUCCAGGUCAUUGUCACCGUGUUGAUUUUCUUGGCGGUGGUUUACUUGCAGUCUUUGAAAGUGGAACUUCCUGUCAAGUCUACGAGACAAAGAGGUCCUUACGGUCUGUACCCAAUCAGACUGUUCUACACCUCCAACAUGCCAAUCAUGUUGCAAAGUGCCUUGACCUCCAACAUCUUCAUCAUCUCCCAGAUGCUCUACUCCAGAUUCCCAAAUAACAUUGCUAUCAAGCUUCUUGGCUCUUGGGAGCCAAGAGCCGGCUCGCAACAGUUGUUUGCUUCGUCUGGUAUUGCAUACUACAUGCAGCCUCCAUUUUCUUUGACCGAGGCUCUUUUGGACCCAAUCAAGACCGUGGUGUACGUUGUCUUUGUUUUGGCUUCGUGUGCUUUCUUCUCCAAGACCUGGAUCGAGGUGUCUGGAUCUUCUCCAAGAGACGUUGCCAAGCAGUUCAAGGACCAAGGUCUUGUGAUUGCUGGCCACAGAGAAACUUCCGUCUACAAAGAGUUGAAGAAGAUCAUUCCUACUGCUGCUGCCUUUGGUGGAGCCACCAUCGGUGCCUUAUCUGUUGUUAGCGAUUUGUCUGGAUGUUUGGGAUCCGGAACCUCCAUUUUGCUUGCUGUGACAACCAUCUACGGCUACUACGAGAUGGCUGCCAAGGAGGGUGGAUUUGCCAAGAGUGUCGGAACUGGAUUCAGUGACGUGAUGUGA